AUGACUGUGGUCCGACCACUUCCUGUGGCUGUGGAUAUUGAAUUUAAUGUAACCAAGAUGGAGGGUUUCGGCAAGUUUUUUCAGCGGGACAAGACAUUUCGUCCGAAGAAGAAAUUUGAACCUGGAACUAUGCGAUAUCAAUUACAUAAAAAAGCACAGGCUUCAUUAAACGCAGGGUUAGAUUUGAAAUCCGUUGUCCAGUUACCAGCAGAAGAAGACUAUAAUGAUUGGAUAGCCGUACAUGUUGUUGAUUUUUUUAACCGCAUAAAUCUCAUAUAUGGAACAGUAUGUGAAUUCUGUGAUGCGACCACAUGUCCCACUAUGUCGGGAGGUCCCAAAUAUGAGUACAUGUGGUGUGACGGUGUGAAAUACAAGAGGCCAACACAAGUACCAGCAAAUAAAUAUAUUUCCUUACUCAUGGAAUGGGUAGAAGAAUAUAUCAACAAUGAAGAUAUUUUCCCCAUCAAUGUUGAUGUUCCAUUCCCUAAAAACUUUGUUCCAGUCUGCAAGAAGAUUUUGACAAGACUAUUCAGAGUAUUUGUCCAUGUCUAUAUACAUCAUUUUGAUAAAGUAGUUGAUAUCGGAGCUGAAGCACAUGUGAACACAUGUUAUAAACAUUUUUAUUACUUUGUAACUGCGUAUAAACUUGUAGAUCCGAGGGAACUUGAACCUCUGAGAGAAAUGACAGGCAGAAUUUGUAAGUAGUAAAAUGCUGACUUUGGUUGCAAGUAUAAACCACCUUAACAAGAAUUCGCUAUUGGUUCUAGCUCGGUAGCAAAUCGCAAAUGCCUUCCAUAUUAUAUGCAGCAACCCAUUUAUGUUAGCUACUCAUAGUAUGCAAAUUAGAUUAGGUCAUCUAUUUGUAAUAUGCAGAUUAGAUUAGGUCAUCUAUUUGUAAUAUGCAAAUUAGAUUAGGUCAUCUACUUAAACAGUGUC